AUGUACGAACAGUGUAGAACAGAGGUGCAAGAAGUAAUAAAUAAAGAAGUCGAAACAAUCUGCAUUACGACUGACAAUUGGACUUCGGCGAGAAAUGACAGUUUUAUGGCUGUUACUGGGCAUUUUAUAAAUAAAAAUUUUGAUUUGGAAUCGAUUAUUUUGGACUGUGAAGUAAUUUCGGGUCCUUCCAAUAGUGAAAAUACAGCAUCUCAGUUAAAAAGUAUUACCGAUUCUUGGGGUAUUUCAGCUAAAAUCAAUUUAGCUGUUUCUGAUAACGCGGCUUACAUCAAGAAAGCCAUAUCACAGGAGCUAGGGUGGAAACAUUUCGGAUGUGCAGCACACACAAUAAAUUUGAUAGUGCAAGAAGCGACGGAAAAAUCUGUACCCAUCAAGUCUGUGAUUGAACGUGUGAAGCUCGUCGUCGCUUAUUUCAAGCGAAGCACUAAAGCCACUCAAAAACUUGAUGAGUUUCAAAAGCAAAAUGGAGCAACACAGCCAAAAUGA